UCAGUUCUCCUGGUUUAGGGUGUGUGCCUGUACCCAGGUGUUAAGUAAUUGAGCCUGCCUGUCAUUCAGUGGAUCAUUCCAAAUCUGAAAGAUGUCUUCCCUCUAAGGGCGAAAAUAGGGAGAGAACUCCAUUUGGGUCUGAACUCUGCGGUGUGUCUCAAAGCUGUCCUGUAGAUGGCGUUUUCUCAGUCCCAGGUUUGGGUUUACUUUGCCACCCAUUGCAGCAUCCCCGCCGGGCGCUGGCUGACUUCUCCAUGAGAGAUUGCUCACUCGGGUUGCAGCCGCUUUCAGGAUUCCCCGCGUGCCCCGUGAGGACUGUUUCUCUCUAAGCCAGGCUUGGAGCAUUUUAAUGAUCUUCCCAUAAUUGAGAAGGAACGUGGCAGGGCAAGUUGUGCCCGCUUCUCGUCUGUGAGUCAUCACCCCAUCACCCGGGGGGUGUUUUGCCAGGAAGGACGGUAGACAUUUCGGGUGUGGUCGGUGGGCCCUUCAGAACCCCCUCCCCUGCCCAGCUUCCGGGUGCUAAGCUGAGGACAGCCUUGGCCCUUCCUGCCCCGGCUGGCCUCCCUAUGGAACCUGUGGCUGUGGUGCUGGAUCAUGCGACCGGAUGAUGCCAAUGUGGCUGGCAACGUGCAUGGUGGGACCAUCCUGAAGAUGAUCGAGGAGGCAGGGGCCAUCAUCAGCACCCGACACUGUAACAGCCAGAAUGGGGAGCGCUGUGUGGCCGCCCUGGCCCGCGUCGAGCGCACCGACUUCCUGUCACCCAUGUGCAUUGGUGAGGUGGCGCACGUCAGUGCAGAGAUCACCUACACCUCCAAGCAUUCCGUGGAGGUCCAGGUCAACGUGAUGUCCGAAAACAUCCUCACAGGUACUAAGAAGCUGACCAAUAAGGCCACCCUGUGGUAUGUGCCCCUGUCACUGAAGAACGUGGACAAGGUCCUGGAGGUGCCUCCAGUCGUGUAUUCCCGGCAUGAGCAGGAGGAGGAGGGCCGGAAGCGGUACGAGGCCCAGAAGCUGGAGCGCAUGGAGACCAAGUGGAGGAAUGGGGACAUCGUCCAGCCCGUCCUGAACCCAGAGCCGAACACCGUCAGCUACAGCCAGUCCAGCCUGAUCCACCUGGUGGGGCCUUCCGACUGCACCCUGCAUGGCUUUGUGCAUGGAGGUGUCACCAUGAAGCUCAUGGACGAGGUGGCUGGGAUUGUGGCUGCACGUCAUUGCAAGACCAACAUAGUCACUGCCUCCGUGGACGCCAUUAACUUUCACGACAAGAUCAGAAAAGGCUGCGUCAUUACCAUCUCUGGACGCAUGACCUUCACGAGCAAUAAGUCCAUGGAGAUCGAGGUCUUGGUGGACGCCGACCCCGUGGUGGACAACUCGCAGAAGCGCUACCGGGCUGCCAGUGCCUUCUUCACCUACGUGUCCCUGAGCCAGGAGGGCAAGUCGCUGCCCGUGCCCCAGCUCGUGCCCGAGACCGAGGACGAGAAGAAGCGCUUUGAGGAAGGCAAAGGGCGGUACCUGCAGAUGAAGGCCAAACGGCAGGGCCGGACGGAGCCCCAGCCCUAGGGGCCGCCCCCGCGCUGGGCCUGGAGUGGCCCCAGUGUCUAGUCACUUAGAAUUCACCCCCUUGGCCAAAAACCCAACCCACACUGAGAGCUGGUGUUGUGUGAAGUGUUCGUCUUGCAGUGUUAACCUGUGCUCUCCCGAAAACCUACACACCAAAGCUUUAUUUCUAUCACUCCAGUGUAAGCGCUCCCUAGGGAAUACUUGCGUGCACACUGUACGGUGUGUAAAAAAUCCAGCGUCACUAAUAAAGCUGCUGUUUGGCUGGA